GCAGGGGAUGAGAGGGCGGGGCGGCCACUUUGCUGCAGGAGAUACCCACAGCCAGUGAGCACUUAAGAAGUAAGAAGAGAGUUGUCAGUCUCUUGGACACCUUCAUUUUCUGCCCCGUAAAUUUCUCCUCCGCUGUUGUCUGGGCUCCACUUCCGACCCCGCAGUUGCUACUAGCUGUAGUCCGACCUAUUGUGGCCGGGGCUAGCGCCAGCCUCCCGCCGCUACCUCCGCCUCGUUCCUUCUCUGCGCCUGCGCGACCGGAAAAUUCGCGAAGGUUCCUGAAACGCAACAGAUCUUUUCCGGAAGCCGGUAGCCGCCUCAGUCGUCAGACCGGUGCUAGCGACACGGGAGGGGCUAACGCAUCCUCUUGCUGUUCCCCGUGUUUGGGCCUUGCCUGUGACGGUAGGAAAAGAAAAUGGCCUUGCUGUGCUACAACCGGGGCUGCGGUCAGCGCUUCGAUCCUGAGACCAAUUCUGACGAUGCUUGCACAUACCACCCAGGUGUUCCAGUCUUUCACGAUGCAUUAAAGGGUUGGUCUUGCUGUAAGAGAAGAACAACUGAUUUUUCUGAUUUCUUAAGUAUUGUAGGCUGCACAAAAGGUAGACAUAAUAGUGAGAAGCCACCUGAGCCAGUCAAACCUGAAGUCAAGACUACUGAGAAGAAGGAACUUUCUGAAUUAAAACCCAAAUUUCAGGAACACAUCAUUCAAGCCCCUAAGCCAGUAGAAGCAAUAAAAAGACCAAGCCCAGAUGAACCAAUGACAAAUUUGGAAUUAAAAAUAUCUGCCUCUCUAAAACAAGCACUUGAUAAACUUAAACUGUCAUCAGGGAAUGAAGAAAAUAAGAAAGAAGAAGACAAUGAUGAAAUUAAGAUUGGGACCUCAUGUAAGAAUGGAGGGUGUUCAAAGACAUAUCGGGGUCUAGAGAGUCUAGAAGAAGUCUGUGUGUAUCAUUCUGGAGUACCUAUUUUCCAUGAGGGGAUGAAAUACUGGAGCUGUUGUAGAAGAAAAACCUCUGAUUUUAAUACAUUCUUAGCCCAAGAGGGCUGUACGAAAGGGAAACACAUGUGGACUAAAAAAGAUGCUGGGAAAAAAGUUGUUCCAUGUAGACAUGACUGGCAUCAGACUGGAGGUGAAGUUACCAUUUCAGUAUAUGCUAAAAACUCAGUUCCAGAACUUAGCCGAGUAGAAGCAAAUAGCACAUUGUUAAAUGUGCAUAUUGUAUUUGAAGGAGAGAAGGAAUUUGAUCAAAAUGUGAAAUUAUGGGGUGUGAUUGAUGUAAAGCGAAGUUAUGUAACUAUGACUGCAACAAAGAUUGAAAUCACUAUGAGAAAAGCUGAACCAAUGCAGUGGGCAAGCCUUGAACUGCCUGCAGCUAAAAAGCAGGAAAAACAAAAAGACAACACAACAGAUUGAGUGGGAGAUGGGAGGAAGGCUAUUACGUUAUUUCAGAAUUUUUAAUACUGUGUGAAGUGGUGGCUUGCUGCUGUAAUCUUUUGUUUUGUUGUUGUGUUACUGAAUGUGGCAUUUCAGGGUUAACAUUAGGUUCUUAAAAGCCAAAGUCAGUUUGUCUUUUUGUGCCUCUCAUCUUUCUUUUGUGUUAUGUAAGAUUGAUUAUUCAUUUCUCCCUACUGGUAGGAACCAUAGUUGUGUCCUAUACUUGAAGAGGCUGGAAAAUAGCCCAUAACCAUAAUUGCAGUAUUUCUUUGUAUUUCUCUGUUAAGCAAAGAAAUAUUAAGGAACUUUUUUUUAUGUCUUUGUAUUAUUCCACAAUUAGUAAAGCAAGAUGAAAUGUCAAAUUUUAAUCAGUUUUUUCAUGGAUUUGUGUUCUUACAGUACUUGAAAAUAUUUAAGGAAGAGAUGAAGCUCUGCAGUUUUUUCUAUGUGGGAUGAUUACUUUUUUAAGGAGGAUUAAUUCUGAGGUAGUAUAGUAAGUAAAGGGGAAUAUAUGAAUUGUUUAACAAAUUAGAAUUUGUUUACAACUACUUGAAUUUUUACAUUAUGUCAAAACUUACAUUACUUGCCAAGCAGUAUGAUGUAAGAGUAUAGGAAACAUAAAUAAGAUUACAGAGGUAUCAAUUUGGUUAAAAUUCACCAUUUUAUAAGACUAAGCAAUAAUCUUAAAAACCUCUUUCCUGAAUAUUUAAAUGUGUUUGUAUGGUGUUAUGACUAAUUGUUACUGAUUUAGAGACUAAGCCCUCUUAAAACCUUUAGUUAAAUAUAAAAAGAAAUUAUAUAUAUCUUGCCUCCCUGAUGGAAAACUAUAUAAAAUUGUAGACUUAAAAGGUUUGUGGAAAUACAUUAGGAUAUCAGAAAACUAAAUAUAUGGAGUUGCUUUAUGACUAUUACCUGUUAAAUAAAAUAGCUUAAUUGUUUUGGAGUUUUUUUUUUUUUAAAGUCAUGAAAAGCUUCACAAUUCUAGUGAUACAGUGUUGAUUAUAUAUUGUACUUUAUUUAUAUUAAAUAUAGGUAACACAGAAUUAGAUCGUUUGGAUAGGUUUUGAGUUACUGCAGAACUCAAGAAGAAAAAUUAGGAAAUAUUCUGAAGGCCAGAACUCUGGAAGAACUUAGAAAGUUUGGGAAUAAAUUAAACUUACGUAGAUUUAAAAUUAAAAGGGGUUUAUUUCCCAAACCCCUUGAGUCUUUUCCUUGGUAUUUACGGAAUUCACAAAGAAAAAUUUGCAGAAGUACUAUUUUCGUUUAAUAAAGCAUAUAUAUCAUUCUACUACCAUUAGCAAAUAACUUAGUUGUAGUUAAUAUAAUUGUUAAAAGGUUUAGCUCUGUUACAAAUAAAAACAUAAAGAUCUGGCAA